GAUGCAAUGUUGAUAUCGAGUGGUGGCGGACCAAGCGCUGGCGCGUGCCGAAACAUUUUCAUGUGCCGACAGUUGUCGUCGACUCAAGUCGGAAUAGUGCGGUGCGAUUUUUUGUGGUAGUUUGACGCUACUUGCCAAGUAAAAUACUAUAGAACUUUUGCUAAGUCUGACGUGUGCGACUAGAUCGCCCAAAAGUGAGCGAAGAUGACGAUCUCAAAGAACAAUAAAAUGUUGCAGCAUAUCAAUUAUCGAAUGCGGGUCACGCUGCAGGACUCCCGCUGCUUCAUCGGUACGUUCAAGGCGUUCGACAAGCACAUGAACCUCAUUCUAACCGAGUGUGAAGAGUUUCGCAAGAUUAAAGCGAAACAAGGUGGACAGGAACGCGAAGAAAAACGGGUUUUGGGUUUGGUGUUAAUGCGAGGCCAGAACAUCGUUUCGAUGACAGUCGAAGGGCCGCCACCUCCCGAGGAAACCGGUUUGCCUCGGGUUCCUGGAGCAGGUUCGCAGGGUAUGGGCCGAGCUGCCGGACGAGGUAUGCCCACUGGACCACUAGGUGGGGCUGCGCCCGCAGGUUUACAAGGCCCUGUGAGAGGCGUCGGUGGCCCGUCCGGACCGCAAAUGGCUCCGCAGGCGAGAGGGGCAUCCAUUUCGGCGCCACCUAUGCGAAUGCCAGGUGGACCACCUGCGCCAAUGGCGCCACCAGGUAUGCCAGCCGGAUUGCGAGGACCAAUGCCACCCGGCAUGAUGGGCAUGCGGGGACCUCCACCUGGUAUGCGAGGCCCACCUCCAGGCAUGAUGCGCGGACCACCUCCGCCUCACAUGCGUUAAUGAGCAUUACCGCGAACAAAGCAAAGACGUUAGGGCAAAGGAGAAUGCCACAUCUGAAGGAGAACAGGUUCGUUGUGGGGUUGAUCUACUUAUCAUCGACAUAAUGAAUUACGGCAGAUCACCAGGACAUACCACAAACGCAAGGAACCUGAACUACUAUUGGCAUCACCUUCAUUUUGGUGAAAACCCGGGAUCCUAAUGGACUUCGUUUCUACAUAUUUGGACUCGAGGGGAAACUGCAUACAAUCUCUGGGAAGGGAUUUGUCAUACUGUAAAUAAACAUGCGUCCUGUGUAACAUUAAAAUUCAAAUGUAUUUUGGAUUUUC